CUAUAUAAAGGAACCAGAUUUUAAGUUGAAGUCAUCAGUCGAUUCGUGUUCAACUUAACGACAAGAUGUUUGCUUUAAAAUUAAUUCAAACCGUUCUAGUUCUAGCCUUAGCGGCUGUGUGUUGUUGUUCAGCUGGUUCUGUCCAAAAUGAACAAAUUUACAAAAUGUGCGUUCCUGAAAAGUUCUACCAGGAUUGCUUGGAUCUUUUGAAAGAUCCAUCUGAAGCUGGUAUCCAUAUGGAAUGUGUAAAAGGACGUGAUCGUUUAGAAUGUUUAGAUUUAAUCAAUCAACGUAAAGCUGAUGUCUUAGCUGCCGAUCCAGAGGAUAUGUAUGUGGCUUAUCACAAGAAAAACGAAGAUUACAAAGUCAUUUCGGAAUUUAGGACACAAGUUGAAAAAGAUGCCGAAUUCCGUUAUGAAGGUGUAAUUUUAGUGAAGAAAAACUCCAACAUUCACAGCUUGAAGGAGCUUCAAGGUGCCAAAUCUUGCCAUACUGGUUAUGGAAGAAAUGUUGGCUACAAAAUCCCAAUUACAAAAUUGAAGAAUACUGGAAUUUUGAAAGUAUCCAUGGACCCUAAGCUCUCAUCUACUGAACGUGAACUCAAGGCAUUAUCUGACUUCUUCUCACAAUCUUGCUUAGUCGGAACUUUGUCACCACAACCUGAAAUUAAUCAAGCUUUGAGGAAAAAGUAUUCAAACUUGUGCGCCUUGUGUGAAGACCCUGUUAAGUGUAACUAUCCUGACAAAUUCUCUGGCUAUGAUGGUGCUAUUCGUUGUUUGGACAAAGGCAAGGGUGAUGUUGCCUUCACUAAGACCUCUUUCAUCAAGAAAUACUUUGGAAUGAUUGCUGGAACAGCUGGUGAAAGUACUGAUGCUGCCAACUUUGAAUACCUUUGUGAAGAUGGAACUCGUCGACCAAUUACUGGACCAGCUUGCUCAUGGGCUCAACGUCCAUGGAAGGGAUAUAUCAGUAACACUGAUACUGUUAAGGAAAAGGCAGCUCUAGAACGUCUUCAGACACGUCUUGAGAAAUUCUUUGAAAAUGGUUUGAAGGCUGAAAAUAAAAAAGCUGCAUCUGAUCUUUUGAUCGAACCUGAUCUAGUCUAUCACAAUAAGGAAAAGGUUGUUGAUCCUAAGGAAUACUUGGAACGCGCUGGAUACAAAGAUGUUAUUGAACGUGAUGGAAGUGCAAUUAAUAAGAUUAGAUUGUGUGUAGGUCAAGAUAUUGAAAUGAAGAAAUGCAAGGCUAUGCUUCGUGCUGCUUACUCUCGGGACAUCCGGCCAGAGCUUGAGUGUGUUUUGAUGGAUGAUUGUGUUAAGGCUGUUAAGGAAAGCAAGGCUGAUGCAACAGUGGUUAAACCAGGUCAAAUUCAGACAGCUCGUGAUCAACAUUUACAGCCUUUGGCCUACGAAAGCAUUAUGGAUAACAAGGUUUAUGUUGUUGUAGUUGAUCCAAGCCUUUCCAAGGAUGUUCUAAUGAAGAGUCCUGUCAAAUUCGAUGCAAAUCAAGAUCGUGCUCGUGCUGCUGCAGCUUUAUUGAACAAAAAACGUGGCAAGAGUCCAUGUGAAGCUCAAUCUAGCCCAAAUGACAAAAUGAUGAUUGUCAAGGCUAAUGAAUUAGAUAGUCACAAGAAUAUGCAACUUUUGUGUCCCAACAUGGAAAAGAAACCAAUUACUGAAGCAGCUACAUGCAACUUUGAGGCAGCUAUGCCAAGAACUGUAAUGGUUCGUGAGGGUAUGGAUAAAAUUGAAAAGGAUAAUAUUGUUCAUGUGUGCAGUUUGUUGUCGGAGAAAUUUGGUGGUGUUGGUAAAUUGAAUGAUGUUUUUGAGAUGUUUGGCGAAUUUGAGGAGGGAAAGAGAAAUGUCAUUUUUAAUGAUGAUGGAAAAUCACUUGAGACUGAAUGGAAGAAUACCAAUGUUGAUGAAAAGACUGCAAUGGAACUUCGUUGUGGUAAUGCUAUUUCAAAAUCUUAAAUUUUGAAAAAAUAACCAACGAUUACGAAUUUUAUGUGAAAAGCUUUAUUUUUAAUUAAAAAAUUGUUCAAAAAAUA